GUUUGGGCGGCGGGAGAGCUGAGGCGCGGCGGGGAGGGAGGGAAGGCAGGCGGUCAUCGCCAUGAGGGAGAUCGUGCACAUCCAGGCGGGCCAGUGUGGAAACCAGAUCGGGACCAAGUUUUGGGAAGUGAUAAGCGAUGAGCAUGGCAUUGACCCAGCCGGAGGCUAUGUCGGUGACUCAGCGCUGCAGCUGGAAAGGAUCAAUGUCUACUAUAAUGAAUCAUCGUCCCAGAAAUUCGUACCAAGGGCAGUCUUGGUGGACUUGGAGCCGGGAACCAUGGAUAGUGUGCGAUCUGGUCCUUUUGGUCAGCUCUUUCGGCCUGAUAAUUUCAUCUUUGGACAAACUGGUGCAGGAAACAACUGGGCUAAAGGACACUAUACGGAAGGGGCAGAGUUAGUUGACUCUGUACUUGAUGUGGUAAGAAAAGAGUGCGAACACUGCGAUUGCUUGCAAGGAUUUCAGCUCACUCAUUCUCUGGGAGGAGGGACAGGGUCUGGCAUGGGAACCCUACUCAUCAGCAAGAUACGAGAAGAAUAUCCAGACAGGAUAAUGAAUACCUUCAGUGUCAUGCCCUCUCCAAAGGUUUCUGAUACAGUGGUGGAGCCUUAUAAUGCUACACUCUCGGUCCACCAACUGGUUGAAAAUACAGAUGAAACCUAUUGCAUUGACAAUGAAGCUUUGUAUGACAUUUGCUUCCGCACCCUGAAGCUCACCACUCCAACAUACGGCGAUCUAAACCACUUGGUUUCUGCUACGAUGAGUGGGGUAACUACAUCCCUGCGUUUUCCAGGCCAACUAAAUGCUGACCUCCGGAAGCUGGCAGUAAAUAUGGUCCCUUUUCCACGCCUUCACUUUUUCAUGCCAGGCUUUGCUCCUUUGACAGCCCGAGGCAGCCAACAAUACCGAGCACUCACCGUUCCAGAGCUCACCCAGCAGAUGUUUGAUGCCAAAAAUAUGAUGGCAGCCUGUGACCCAAGACACGGGCGAUAUUUGACAGUGGCUACCGUCUUCCGUGGUCCCAUGUCUAUGAAAGAGGUCGAUGAGCAGAUGUUGGCUAUCCAGAACAAGAACAGCAGUUACUUUGUAGAGUGGAUCCCAAACAAUGUCAAGGUGGCUGUGUGUGACAUACCUCCUCGUGGCCUCAAGAUGGCUUCCACGUUCAUUGGCAACAGUACUGCUAUUCAAGAGCUCUUCAAAAGGAUCUCAGAGCAGUUUUCGGCCAUGUUCAGGAGAAAGGCCUUCCUCCACUGGUUCACAGGAGAAGGAAUGGAUGAAAUGGAAUUUACAGAAGCAGAAAGCAACAUGAAUGAUCUGGUUUCAGAGUAUCAGCAAUAUCAAGAAGCAACAGCAAAUGAUGGAGAGGAAGCAUUUGAAGAUGACGAAGAAGAAAUCAAUGAAUAAAGAAAUUAAGUGUGCUAUUUUCCAGGCCAAAUUCUCAAAUCUGGAUUUCUAAUAAUUAGGCUUAUAAAUCCAUAUUUAGGCUUCAAAAAAAGAAAAAGAAGAGCAUGAGUCUCAGAUGUUAGAGGUGCUCUUCAGAGUCCAUUGAUGUAAUUGAGAACUGAGGACAUUCAGUAUUUCUGGAAAUCAGGCCAUUUCUAUUCAUGAGGCAAAUGUAAGGCAUUCUGUUAAGACUUUGACCUAAGAGUCUGAACACAGAGACUGCUAGUUUGGGAUCUUUUUUUUUUUUCCAAAGUUUGUCAUCCCUAAAGUUGCACAAGAGAAGACGUAAAAUAGGCAUGAAAUGCUACAAAAUGGAGCUGCACUAUUUUCAUCUAAUUAUGAGUAAGAAAAUCUUGUGGGUUUGAAAUAUUCAUUCUGUACCGAAUGUACAAUACUAAACUGCCAGGAACAAAAAUUAUUCAUAAUAAUAAUAAGUUUUUAGCUAUUCUGUACAGUAACUGUUAACAGUGAUAUUUGACUCCGGACCUCUAAAAACAAAAUAAAAAAGAUUAGUAUCCUCUCAAGCAAAAGUGUUUUGGGCAGUCAAUGCUAUAUA